GCCGAGAGGUCAUAAAAAUCAUAUGAGAAAUAGAGAACAUUACAUUUUCAUGGUCAAAGACGAAAUAAGCACAGGAGAAGCGCGAACAGUUCUAAAUAGCGUUUUGUAGGUGUUGCUUCUGAUUCAACAAUUAUUCUCGUACAGUGCAAAAAAAUAAGAGAUUUAAUUACGUAAUUUGAAUAUCAAAAAAAUAAAGGAAGAAUCUUGUGACUAUAAAUCUAGCUGGUGUAUUUAAAAAUAAUAAUCGUGACUAUAUACAUUCGUUGUGCUCUAUAUACUGACUUGAAAAAAAUAUAUAUAAAUUAGUGCAGGUGAUAAGGAAAGCAGUCUAGCCAACAAUGGAAGAACAAACAUCACAAAGUGAACUCGAAAUGAUAUCAGACAACGACAAGUUCAAUGAACGAUUUUUUCGCCUGCGACAAGUCAAUAAAUACACAGACUGUUCCUUUAAAAUAGAGAAUCGUGUAAUAAAUUCGCACAGGUUAAUUUUGGCAGCAUCAUCGCCGGUGUUUGAAGCAAUGUUUUAUGGAAAAUUCCCUCAAGACUUAACCAACUCGAUAUUAAUCACUGACAUAAGCUACAGCACAUUUGAAUUAUUUAUGGACUUUUUAUACACUGGAGAAUUAAAAUUGAAAGAAAAUGACGAAAUUGACUGUUUAGUAUCCAUAAGCUAUUGUGCCCAAAAAUACCUCAUCGAGGAAUUAAGAAAGUUGUGCGUCAAGAAACUCGGAGAACUCCUUAAUCGCCAAAAUAUUUUUAAUUUUCUCGCCAAAUCAUUUGAAUAUCAUUUAGAGGACAUUCUCGUUUCCUGCCUUUAUUUCAUCGUCGACUUCAUCGAAGCCGGAGCGUGUUUUUUUAAUGCGAUUCUAAAUGCAAAUGAGGAUGUUCAUUUGUCACCGCAAUGUUUUGAAUUCCUUACGAAAAAUCUCCUUGAUUAUUUUGGCGAUCGCGAUGAUAUUUUGUGCCUUAUCAAAGCAUGGACGAUUAAGGCAUGUCAUGUUGAUAAUAUAACGGCAUGUGCUGAAUCAUUGGCUGUGAAUACAAAGCUUUUAAAUCUCGACAAUUCCUUGUGUAUGAAAAUUAUUGGACUUAAGGCUGGAUUCAUUGACAUCACGCAAACUGAACGGACCUCAAAAAGCUUUCAUCGUGUUUAUUAUAAGCCGGUUCGGCCACUCAUCAUCGAUAGGGAUCAACUUAAUUUUGAUGUUAAUAUCUCGUUUAAGAGAUUCGUAGCUAUAAAGUCUCUAACUGUAAAUUCUCGUUUAAUGCCUGAACAUUUUGAUAUGUGUGAUAUAAAUAAUCAGAAAUACACAGAGAAUUUGGAUGUUGAGAUAUUUGAUAAAUGUAGCAAUAAGUCGAUCUACAAGCAGCAUCACAUUAUCGAAAAUGUUGGAUUUAAUGAGUCGUUUAGACUUAAAUUCAAUGAUCGAAUGAUUUUACUUCCAUUUCACGCAUAUGUUAUAAAACUCACAUGGAACGGCGAUACAGCAAUAAGCUAUGAAUAUCCAAGGGCAAUAUUCUCAUUAAUGGAGAAAGGUGGAAGUGAUGGAAAAGUUGGAGCAGGUGAAAAUCAACAAAGUAUCGUUCAAUUCCAUGAGUACAAUUAUUGUUACAAUCUUCCAUUCGGAUCCAUCGUUCAGGGCAUAUUUUAUGACAUUAUUUCGUAAAACAGAUGCAAGUCUCGUGCUGCACAAAAAAGCGUAUGUAGAUAAGGGGUUAUUUGCAUAUUACCGUCAGACAACAAUCAUGUCAAGACUCUACUUCUGUUUGAUGAUUUUCCGCUUAAAAGACAACUUGUUGAUGUCUCGACUCCUUUAUUGUGCCACUCGGGUUUGUUCUAAAAGCGACAAUAUUAAAAUUAAGAAUAUAGACAUAAGACAUUCUUUUAUCUCUUGGCUUUUUUUGCAUUGAUACAUACAAAAACUAUUUAUUUUCUCCGAUAAGUUCUUCUCAUAUUUUGUGUCUGUCAAUUAUGGUUAAUUAACAUCUUCAAAAAAAACAUCGUCUUUUUUACGAUUUUUUAAAAAAAAAAGUACAAGAUGAGGAAGUCGAUUGAAUACGAUAGACUGAUGAAUAUUGAAAAACGAAUUAUUUAAGCAUGUCAAAUAUUUAUUUCAUACAUUAGAAUAACUAUUUGCUUAGAUUCUUGUUGUCUGGGGUGUUCUUGAAUCAGGAAAUCUUAAUGGUAAACUUGAUAUUCAUACCCAUAAAUUCUGAAUCAUGCAUUAAAAUUGUAAAUUGGAAAUUUGAGGUAACUUUGAGAUAACUGUGAAAUUUGUUAUCCUUGAAAAUUGAGUUUGAGAUUGAUUUUAGUACUCAGGACGUUUGAAGUUGGAAAUGAACCAUCAAAUCAUCAUUUGUGCUUACAUAUCCUUGAUAUGAAUAAGCAUCCAAAUUAGCUACCUUGGUUGAAUUUGUAUGGUUUUAUUCGACAAAAAUAAGGAAUUGUAUGGGUUUAGAUUAUUUGAAAUUAAAACGAACGUUAUGAAGUAAUUUGUAUGGUUUUAGUUUUUAUAUUUUAAUAAACCGCUAGUAAAACAUUUGUAUGGUUUUCAUUCUUAAAGAGAAUUUGAAUGGUUUUAAAUUCAGGUAUUUAAAAGCAAUUGAAUUGAAUGAUUUUCUUGGACUUAUACAGUCAAUAUUGUCUAUACGUCAAUUCCCCAAAUAAAGCAAAAUAUCUCAAAAAAUUUAUAAAAUUCCAUUCGUAUUCAGUUGACCGCUUUCAAUCAAUCCUCAAGCUCCCCGAAAGAAAUUAACGAAAAUAAAAAAGAAUAAAAUCACAGACAGAAAGGAAUUAAAACAAAAAAAUUCGAAUAGAACACAAUUCUUCAUUUUUACAAUAACAACAAAAAAUAAGAGUUUCUGAGAAGAGGAAUUAGAAUUAAGAACCGGUUUUAGUCUAAUCUUUCCGUCCAUGAUUAUUAUAACUUUUAAACAAUUUUGAAAUUUA